AUGAAUGCUCUGCGCACGCUUGGCUGUCGUUCCAUCUUCAGUCGUCUUCCGUUAGCUGCUUCGAGGUAGGCAAUAAAUUUUCUUCUACUUUGAACACCACAGCUCAAGAAUAUUUGGUUUCAGCACAGAGUCGGCCCAAACCACUGACAAUAAACCCGAACAGCCAGUUCCUCCUAAGCCAGAAAUCGAAACCCUCUUAGCCGAGAACAAGAAAGCCAUAGAAGCAAAAAAUGAAUUUGAAGACAAAUAUAAGAGAGCACUUGCUGAAGCGGAAAAUGUGCGCAAACGCAUGCUACGACAAGUUGAGGAGGCAAAGCUCUUUGGGAUUCAGUCGUUCUGCAAGGACUUACUGGAAGUUGCCGAUAUCCUAUCCAAAGCCACAGAAAGUGCCCCGGAAGAUCAGCUUAAGCCUAACGUAAACCCACACUUUUUCCAACUUCACGAGGGUCUAAGAAUGACAAACGCACAAUUGCUAAAGGUUAGUUUGUGUGUCGCCGUGCCUCAUUUUUUGUGAUAAUACUUCUGUGUGUAUUGCAGCUAUUUGUGCACGAGUUAGUAUAUAUCGGCAUGCAAAACCCAGGACGCCUUAUUUCGUUGCUAGCCAGGCUUUUUCUGUGUACGCGCGUCGCACUCGUCAUGCGGCUAGCAGCCGGUUGUAACUUUCCAGGCGCGUAUGCGUUUUCAUCUUUUUGAUGCACAUGCAAACUGCCUAUAUCCCACACGCGGUCCAUCAUGGGCUGCUGGCCCUUCUAAACCUGUAACGUCAUGCUGUCUUCCAUGUUAAAGCCUAUGUCUUUAUUCUCAUGCUUGUGACCUGCUUGGCAUCCCGGCUUGGGAGUUCUGCACACAAACGCGCUGUUUUAAUGUCACUCGGAUUAGUUAAUGUAGUCGUCGUGUACUUUCCUUCAGGCUUCAGAGGAGACUAAGGCACAUCGUCUUUUUUUGAACGCCAUGGCAUCUUUUUCGAAUGAGGACCGCAAUUAGAAUUCCUGACGGCACGAAGCCACCCCCUGAAGCGUUCGAGCCAUUAGGGUUUUACGCUAGAAUAACCGUUUUCUGCUGGUCGCGGUCAACACUGCCGUCCAGCACUUUAGUAGUAUCCCCAGUUUCCACCGUGCGCCUGUUCUCUGGCAGAAAUCACAGACCUCUACCAGUAUACACGUCCUGUCCCUUUCCAGCCGCCGUGACCGUGAAUAUUUUCCUUUUUCGGAAAAAGCUAUUUCGUGACCUUUGCGCCUAACUUAUAUUUCUGCCCAUGCUUUCAGUACUUUAGCGUUAUGUUUUUUUUUUGCCACGAACGGUCCUUUCAGAUGAGCAACAUACUUGCGUAUAUCUUGAAUUGUGAUUAGUUUGUCUACCACUGACGUCAGUAGGCCAUUUCUGUUAACAAGGCAUCUUGACCUUUGAAACUUACCUUGCCUUCAAACAGGGCUGGUGAUAUCACUCUCCUUGUCAUUGGGAUCGUGCAAAUUCAUUAGGUACAACAUUUAGUCAAACCCAAUGACGGACGUAUCUAGCCUCUGUGAGGCAUUUCGUCAAAAUUCCCGUCUCAGUCCACUUACUGGUGAUUGUUUCUGGCUGUAGUCGCCACUCCACCAGGAUCAUAAGUAAUGAGGAGUGCGUGUGUGCUUUAGUUAUAAUGCAUAUCACGCCACCGCCUAUUUUGCGUGUACCGCAUGACUUGCGUCUUGUGUCCCAACGCCCUUUCCAAGUGACUCGUGAAUGUGGUUUUUAGAGAGCUUUUCUAAGUCUUUCUUACCAUCUCUAAUUCCCUGUCCUCCUCCUGUACGGAGACGCCAACCAUGCUGCAGACUGUCUAAAAGGGUAUCUGCAGCAAUUUGCACACGUUCUUUGACGCUCAUCCACGGUUUCAGGGCUGUUAUUCUAAAUCGAAGGCUCCAGUCUUGCACAGCACCUGACUCACCGUCUUAGAAGUUAUUUAGACAGUUUUUGGGUGUAUGCUGUUCGGUCUUCGCCGCUCCAAGGGAGUUCAUCUGAUCGGCUACCGCAAAUCGUCGCGCAGGGGGCAUUAUUUAUGAUACACGCCAUAAACAAAACAGGCCGAGAAUCGAUUGAAGCCUGGGCCUCGGAUGAGAAUUCAGCCAAUCGAUCUAUCGGCCUGGCGCCGGCGUACAGAGCUCUGCGCGGUCACCUCCAGUUUUGCGCUGUCGGUCGAUGAUUGGCAUACACACCCUAUAACUGUCGCCCGUUCUGCUGUUGCUUCUAUCUCUGACGAUGGACUUCUGCACGAGUUCGAAAGCUCAGGACAAUAAACAGAAUGUUCUGGUGCUCGACCCUUCUUCUUCUUCACUUAGGCAUUAUUUCUGCCGGACAGUCCACGUGUAGUGUUACUUAGCCCGGACCCUGUCCUGUUUGAGCAUGUAACUUUUGACGAUCGUUCGGCGCUCACAGACAGGGGCGAUGCAGUGCUAGUCAUAAGGUUGUUUUUCAGCCAUGUCAUCCUGUUCGGGAUUUGAGCUUUAUCGUUUAGCACUGCCGUGGACUUUGUAUUAUCCUUAAAUCUAUGGUCUUCGACAAUAGUCUGCUAAACACCAAAAUGUUAUCAAGCACAUCGCGCCUGAAUGGAAGGGGAUAGCCGUCUGGCGUGAGUACCGUGUCAAUAUUUUUCGGCGCGCGCAGGUGUUAAAAUGCCUCCGUUCAUCGAAGUCUGUGGGCGGCCGCCUUGGAAAUUGACCCCACGUAUUUGCUUCCAAUUUAUGUCUUCGUUCUCAGUUGGGUUCACUUUCCGUUAUUCGGAGUGACCGGCAAUGGUACGUGUGAGGCGGCUCGAAUCGGUGUAGGCCUCAGGACCAAUAAGCAUGUUUUCCUUCGAGGACAGACAAGGCUGUCUGGCUAGUCUUCCCGUUGAUUAUCCAGCGUGUUCAUGAAUAGCUGGUAGUGAGAUGGUCUCCCGUGUAGAUUAAUUGCUGCCUAGAAAGGCUUUCAAUUCUGGCGAGUUAGCACUGACGCACCAACACUAGCAAUACCAGCAGGAUGUGGGAGGUUAAGGUCGGCCAGGCAGCCGCUCCGCUAAAUGCCAAUCAGUCUGAUGAGGGCACUGGCCACCAUAAAUCACCAUUAAACUCACCCUCCUUGUGACGUCUUGAGGACUGGACUUCUUUUCAAAAAGCACAUUGAGGACAGUGAAACCUACACCAAACUCUGAAAUCCCUAGUUUAGCUCCUAAACCGCAAAUCUUGACCAAUGCCACGACGUCCGCGGCAACCAGCGCGCCUGGACCUUUGUCAGUGAGGUUUUAUGGUGCUCUAAUGAUAGUCGCACUCACAGCACAGCAUCAGCAGCUGUUGCCGAUAGCAUAAAACAAGACCAGCUGCUCUGUCCUGCCGUGGACUGUUGACUGACUAACCCACCUUAGUUAGUAGACAGGUGCAAAUCGUAUGUAACUGGAAGCGUCUGCGUGUUUUCGCUUUCGCCAACUGUUUACUAAUGUGAUACCUCGAGUCACACUCGCCCGCAUGGUUCUACGUCUGACAGAGCGCCCUGCUUUCCUCGAUUCUGAUUCCCCAACGAUGCACAUAGAUAGGCAUUGUCGUUCUGUUUGUGUGCACACCAGUUACUCCCAGCAAGCGGACGCUUCGCUCGAGACUCCAUCCUGGUGCCUUUAGAUUUUGCUUUUCGGCACACAUCCAGUCCUGGUUUUCAUGGUCUCCUUUUCUGUCCCAAGGUUUUCGGGAAGCACAACCUGCACAAGAUCGCUCCUGCAGUCGGGGACAAGUUCGACCCAAACCUCCAUGAGGCCGUUUUCACGGUUCCCAUCGAGGGAGAAAAUCAACCCAAUACCAUCGCCAGCGUCACAAAAGUGGGCUUCCGCCUGCAAGACCGAACUCUGCGGCCCGCCUUUGUGGGUGUGUUCGUGACCUCAACCUAA